CGCUGAAGGGCGGACCAUAAAGGAGGAGCGCAGCGCGCGCACAAACACACCGCUGCCUCGAGGACACAUCUUUCUGUUCCUCCUGGAUUUUAGAGGGAGAGGAGGGGAAAAAACUAUCUUUUAAUUUCUGCUUCUUUUCUGUUCUUUUCUGUUCUUUGAUUCAAUCAUUUGUGGCGUUAGAUCCCGACAGUUAGCAGUGAGCCAGUUUGACUCGGUGAGGCGGACAUGGAGCCCUACACGGUCCCCGGAGCCGCAGCGCAGCUCUCCCUGUCCGACCUGUACUCCGUCAUCCCCUUUAACGUCACCUUCCCGGAGGAGCUGGCCGAGCUGAACGCCACGGAGCCCGGGAGCCCGGUGAGGGGCGCCGGGGGGAUGGUCAUCGCCGUGUCCAUCACGGCUCUCUACUCGGUCAUUUGCGUCGUGGGACUGCUGGGCAACGUCCUCGUCAUGUACGGAGUGGUCAGAUACACCAAGAUGAAGACAGCCACAAACAUCUACAUCUUUAACCUGGCCCUGGCCGAUGCCCUGGCCACCAGCACGCUGCCUUUCCAGAGCGCAAAGUACCUCAUGAACACCUGGCCCUUUGGACAGGCUCUGUGCAAGCUCAUCAUCGCCAUUGACUACUACAACAUGUUCACCAGUAUCUUCACCCUCACUAUGAUGAGUGUGGACCGCUACAUCGCUGUGUGCCAUCCCGUCAAGGCGUUGGGCUUUCGGACACCGGUCAAGGCUAAGAUGAUCAACGUCUUGAUAUGGGUCCUGUCGUCCGCGAUUGGGGUGCCGAUUAUGGUUAUGGCUGUGACCAGAGUGACAGAGGCUGGUAACAUUACAUGCAUGUUGAAAUUUCCUGACCCUGACUGGUACUGGGACACCGUGACUAAGAUCUGUGUUUUCAUCUUCGCUUUUGUGGUCCCUGUGAUGGUCAUCACUGUUUGCUACGGCCUGAUGAUCCUGCGUCUGAGGAGCGUCCGUCUGCUCUCUGGCUCCAAGGAGAAAGACCGCAACAUGCGGCGAAUCACCCGCAUGGUCCUGGUGGUGGUGGCGGCCUUCAUCAUCUGCUGGACCCCCAUCCAGAUCUUUAUCAUCGUGAGGACGAUGGUGGAGAUCGACACCAGGAAUCCUUUUGUCAUAGCCAGCUGGCACUUGUCCAUCGCCUUGGGCUACACCAACAGCAGUCUCAAUCCUGUCCUCUACGCCUUUUUGGAUGAAAAUUUCAAGCGUUGCUUCAGGGAUUUCUGCCUGCCCUGUCGGACCCGCAUGGAGCAGACCAGUGUGACUAGCGCCCGCAACACAACCCGGGAGCCGGUGUCUGUCUGUGCUCCGACCGAGGCAGGAAGGAAGCCUGCAUGACUAGCUGAGGAGAGGGUCCCGCUUAACUCCAACAUGAGCACAAUCCAUCAAGAUCCACAGUCACAGGACACACUGAUCUCCACCACAGAGUUUUGAUGCCCAGUGAGGGUAAAGUACUGGGGUAAAAUAAGCAGGAAUCUCUGAGCUCACUAUUAAAAACAGUGUCUGACUUUGACAGAUUGUCCAAAGCCCAUCAUCCUACGGCAAGAUCAUGAAACAGAAUGUUCUUAGUUUUUAGCUCAAAGUGAGACGGUAGAAGAGUUGAAGAAAACAGCAGCAGCUGGUACACUUUGAAGGAUUUCAGUGAUUGCUUUGGCACAUCAGGAAAAAACAGCUUCAGUGUUUUUUUUGUUUUUUUUUUACAUUAACAAAGCUAGGAAUAUAUGACACACCAAACCAACGACGGCUCGGUGGAAGAGUCCUCUGCUUGAACAGAUUUGAUCAAAAGGAGGCCACAACGAACUGCGCUGCACUAGAAUGAGUGAUUAGAGGAUUUUAAAGUGUUUCUUGCUAAAUAUUUAGAAGUACAAUCAAUUUCGAAUUAGAUGGAAGGAUACAUAUCACAGAACUUCUGUCUGGAUGUCUGUAGACCCACUUUGGGAUCAAAAUUUGUUGGUACUCAGCUGUCCAUUGGAGACCACCACUGGCUGCCUCAACCACGACGAUGACUUAAUGCCUGCAGACUAAUACUUCAGAGACUGCCAGUGAUAUUUUGUUCAAGUUUACUCCACGACAAUAAUUAGAAAAAGAAACUCUGGCGUCUGUCUCGCCCUGUUGGACACUUGUGAAAAGUUGCGCGGUGCUCUCUGAAGCAAUGACUCACUCUGGCAAAUUAAGCUUCCUCAACCAACAGGAAUCAGACCGGAGCUCGCAGUCCUGGAAACAGAGACGGAGGUGAUGGAUGAUGACUUCAGCUGAGCGGACAUGCUUUACACAACUUUUUGUAAAAGAAAUCAAACCCAGCUCAAACGUGGGUUUUCCUACAAGUUCAGAGUUUAAAUUAUGACAACAGAGUGAGGUGAUUGGGAGACAAUAAACACAUCUGAACAAAAGUGUUAACACUACUUUCACUUUUCACCAUUUUCACUUUGUGUUGCAUUAAAACUAGUGGUGGGACUCAGUAAAAUUAUUUUUAAUAGAGUUAAUUUCAGGGUCUGUAAUUAACUUAAGAAAAGGUGGAACCAUUACCACAUUGUAGAUUAUGUAAACUUUUGCAUUAAAACAAUUUAAUCUUAAAUUACUUUAAGAGAAACGCUGAGGUGCUUUGUGAUUGGUUCUGCUUUCUUCCCUCUGAAUAUUUAGAUUCUGCUGUUGUCCGUUUAUUUCACGCAGAAAAAUACGAGAAUCCAAGUGAAAAGACUUCAUGUGUAAAAACGGCCUAAGAAACUGUGUUGGACUUUCUCACUGGCUCCAAGAUGGAGACAAUAAAUAAUACAUGCUCUGUAAACAACAUGAGAUGUAAAUGUACAGCAUGUGAUUUGUUUCCUGGUGUUACCGUAUUGUGUGCUGUAGCGUGUAUAGCUGUUCAUUCUAUGACCAUUGCUGCCUUUGUCGGGUGUGUGAAUGUCUCUCAAAGUGCAUAACCUUUACAAAUUCAAAUACCUUCAAGAAAGAAGGUAAUGUUCUCUACAUCAUGGAUACAGAUAUUCAGUUUCCAGCAGAUAUUUUUUCAGGCUAACGGUGUCAAACAUGAUGCACUUUCUUCUUCUUUUGGAUGCUUCCUGAAGGGAUCACUGGACUGAAUCAUUUGCAUUCAUUUAACUCUGUCCUCAAUGAUGUUAUUCACUACAUUCAUGAGCCUUGUUUUCUCUGUAACCUUCCUCUCCUCCUGUAGCCUAGCUCCAAAUUCUAAAUCAUAUGUCCUUAUCCGUCCUCUCCUAACCAUCAUAGCCUCCCUGGCUUCCCAACCUAAGCUGUCUUUCUAAUACAUAAAUCUCAGCCUGGUCACUUCCAGUAGCUGCGUUUCUAUUAACCAUAUAAUUGCGCAAUUUGACAUUUUGAAAAUUAAUUUGCUUAAUGGAAACGUACCAAUUUGGAAAAACCCCAUUGUUUUUCCAUAAAAAGAGUUGGUGCUAGGAUGAGGUGGUUUUUCUGGCUGUAUCAAAAGUGCAAUGGAAACACGAGUCACAUGAUCAACAACUUGAUGUUGCCACUGGCACAAAUAAUGAAUAAGACAUGUUUUAUUAAUGACUUAUUUACAUGGGAUUUACAUUGGUUCUUAUUUAAUGGAAACAAUGCAAUUGUGGAAUUGUAUUUUUUCGACAUUAGCGGAAAAUUUAAAAAGUUUUUCUCACAUUUGUAAUGGAACCACAGCUAAUAGAAACCUUUCCUUCAUCUCUGACUCUUCUUGCCAUUCUCUCUAUCCAGUUGGCCAGAGGUAAUUAAACUCACACUGUUCUUUUAGCCAGUAACUGCAGCUCCUUCUGUUAAAGGACACAGAAAGAAUGGGCAUAUCUGAAAACCAGAGGUGUGUUGUACUAAAUAUUGUAGAAGCAAUUCAGUACCAGGUAAAUACAGGGCCAGUACCGAUCCUGAUUGGUAUCAACAUUUUUUGAUUUACAUUUGAUAAUGCAUCAAACCUUUCACAAUUUAGGUACCAGAAGUUUCUCCUAUGUUUUGCUCAGACAUAGGAGAUAAUUUGGUUAAGUUUUAUAUUUUAAUUACACAUUAACAUGAUAAACAGAAACAAGGGAAAACCAAAAAAUAUAUAAAAUGAAAAAAAAAAGAUAAUUAGAGAGCAAAUCAAACAAAUCUUUUUUGAGAUAGAGUUAAGAAACCACAGCACAAAAAUAAAUAAAAAAUUCAAGAGGGAAUCUGAAACUAAGACACUCGUAUCAAUCCAAUACAGACACGACUUGAUAUUGAUUUCAUCGAUCUUUGUGAGUGACCCGCCUACUGAAAGCUGACACACCACUGUUUCUUAUCUUGCCACCUAAGUAGGUGUAUCGACCCACUUACCUCAUUUCCUCACUCUGUAUUCAUAGAAUGAAGUUCUGAUGUAUUUUCAAAUACAAAGUAAGUUUAGGAAAAUUCCCAACAUUUAUUUACUCCAAGUUCGCUGAGCUCCAAAACACACAGUCCAUCUCUUUGCCUUUGGUUAAUAAUAACUGGAACACUGAUCAGUAUAUUUGAUGUAUAUUUUCUUGAUGAUAGGAUUUGACAAAAAGUAAUGCUCACUGUUUGUUUCAUAAUUGUUUUUUGUGUUAUAUUUUAUGAUGUAAAGCACUUUGACCUGCCUGGUUCUGAAAUGUGCUGUACUAACUCGACUUGUAGAUGGAUGUGGUUUAAGGCGGUUCCUCUGUGUCAGGAAGGAUGAGUUUGUCCUAUUUUGACUCAUCAAGAUGGAAAAAUGUGCAGCUCCUAUUUUUCUUCUAGUUUUAGACAAAAUCUGACAGAUUUCACUCAUAACUUGUUUAAAUAAAGCUUCAGUGCUGUAUUUUUUUAAAUUUAUAUGUUGUUAAUUGCCAUUUUUGUUUUAUUGCUUGAUACUUUGUUGCUGUAAAUAACUUAGCUUGAUGACAUUGUUGGUGUUGGUGUUAUGUUGUAGUUGUAAUGGUUUGUUUUCAUCUGGUUUUAUCCUGACCAGGAUGUCCUGGA